UAGAAUGGGGGGAGGAGAGCGAAAGCAGUAAAGGAAGGGAAAAGGAAAGGAAAAACUUGGCUAUAUUGUUGGGUAUAAGGCGCGGGGUGGGCUAGAGUUUGAAGUUUAAGGGAGGCUCGCGCCUACACCCGACCUGGGACUAACGCUCCCACAGAGGUCCGCCCGGUGGCGUGGUCCGGCCUGGCCUACCGGACCUGCCCGAGCUCCGUCGGCCGCGGCUCUGCUAGGCUCCCGGCGCCGCCUCCUCCCUGCCCGCCGUAGGCUGCGGCGCUUCUGUGGGUGGGGGAAGGCUGGACUGACGCAGACCUGAGCUCCAGUUGCCUCCUGCCUCUCUGGGAGACUCCAAGAUCAGGAGAAGAUGACAACAGCAACUCGACAAGAAGUCCUUGGCCUGUACCGCAGAAUUUUCAGGCUUGCGAGGAAGUGGCAGGCUGCGUCAGGGCAGAUGGAAGACACUAUUAAAGAGAAACAGUACAUAUUAAACGAAGCCAGAACGCUGUUCCAGAAAAACAAAAAUGUCUCAGUCCAGCUGGUGAGUGACUCAGCGUCCUCAGAAGACCCCAUGAGCCAGGUGACAUGGGUCAAGCCAAUGCGAGUUUUCAGGCUUACAGACGCAGACCUGAUUAAACAGUGUAUAGAUGAAUGUACAGCCAGGAUUGAAAUUGGACUACAUUACCAGAUUCCUUAUCCAAGACCAAUUCAUCUGCCUCCUCUGGGCCUUACCCCACUACGAGGCCGGGGACUUCGAAGCCAGGAAAAACUGAGGAAGCUUUCCAAACCAAUAUAUCUCAAGUCUCACGAUGAGGUUUCCUAACGCAGAAGAAAGUUUAUUUCUGAGGAUGAUGAGCCAGCGAGGCCUUGCAUGUAAACCAGAUAACAAAAUCCUUCCUGAUUAAGAGCAAAAAACCCAAGUAUCUUCUUAAAACUUCCAAAGCACUGCUGCUCAUCCCAUGAUGUGUGCUCACACACCCCUACAGUUUGUCAGGGUCUUGCUGCCUGAGUGGACACCAAUCCUCGAGGUCAUGGACCUCACCUCCUCCCUGAAGCAUCACUUGGAAACAAGACUAAGGCCAGUGGAGAGAAGACUGAGGGGUGACAAAGCUCUUCAUGGGAAUGCCGCUCACCAGACAUGCCAGCUGGCAUGAAGAAAGUAGCCAGUUGCUAGAAAUUCUCCUGGAUACUAUAAAACUAUAUACCACCCUCAGAAUAUAUUUAGCUUUUUUUUUCAAGUUAUAGAUUUGCUUAAAAGUGGGCUUUUUGUGUGUGCUUUGUUAUCUUUGGGCACUUCCAAUUUCCAGAUAAACUCCCCUUUAAAAAUACAUCAUUGGAUCAAUCAGAGUUUUUCAUGGAAAUUUUAUAUGGGACCUCUCCCUACCCUCAACAUACACAUACACGAAAGUGCAUGAAUUAAAUGCAUUAGUUUACUUUAUCUAAAAACCCGUGAUUACUUUGUGUACACUUAGGAUCAGAAAGGCUCACUAGAAAUUCUUACUGCAUUCAUUAUGAGAAUUUUACCUUAACAUAAUUACGAAGUACAAGGGCUAAGCUGGCUUUCAAAUUAUGUCUAAACAGAAAUGGGACAAGUAGAGAUUAAAACACUAAUGAUUUAUAAUGAAAAAGAAUAUAUGUAUGUAUAUGUAUUACUGAAGCCUUAUGCUGUACACCAGAAUUUGAUACCUUGUAACUGACUGUCCUUCAAUUAAAAAACAAAAACACAAAGGACUUCCACCCCUGCAUGUGUGGAUAAGGCGAGAUAACUAUGGCAGGUCAUUUGUACAUCUGUGUCAUUCCCUCUUACCUCCACAGAGGAUGGGCAUCACCUGUAAAGACAAAUCUCUAUUGA